AGCUUUCAAGCUUGCAGACAUGAUCAGACAUCAAAAUAAAGCCAAAUUGUACCAAAUUCCACUUGUAAAUUAUAUUUAAGGCAAAUGUUUGACUGUCAUGCAUGGCAUAAGUUGUCUUAUUUUAUUCUCUUUAAAUUAUUUAAAUGUCUGACUCCUGUAGGAUCAAACUGAAGUUUGUGUGCCAUUGCACAUGUGAAACAAAGCAUUGAAGCCAACUACCUAAUUGUGGGUUAUGAGUAUUUGUCCACACAAGCAUUAUGUGUCUUAUCCCAUGUGGGAUUUACUCCAACUUCUUAGCAGUAAUCUCAUUUCAUUCAAUCCCGCCUUCCUUGCUUCCCUACAAGAUGCUCUCAGGGACUCAUAAACACACAUGAAGGCUACUUUUACUCAUUUAGACCGGCAAACAUUCAUGUUGUUGGACUACUGCUGUCGUUGCUGUGGAGUCACACUCAUAAAACGCCAUGGACCCUUCUUCCUCAAGACUACACCCAGCGACACCUGGGUUGUUCUGCAGAAUCUGCUAAUGUGCAUGGUGUGCUUCUACUCUCUCUACUACAUUGUGGUCAGUCUUUGCAUUGGACUCUUCAGGGUUCACGAGAUCAACAGCUUGUUAACGCCAUUUGACUACACAACACAACCAUCAUGGCAGAACCCCAAAUACUUGGUUGGGGUCAUUUCCACAGAAGUGACUUAUGUUUUAGGAGGGCUGGUGUUCGCGUGGAUUGUGGAGGAGUGGGUCUGGGAUUAUGCAAUAACUGUCACGCUGCUGCACGUUGGGAUGACUGUAGCAGUGAUGUCAGAUUUCCCUUCUGCCGAGCAUUGGUGGAUCGCUCUGGGUUCGGGCCUGGUCAUGAUGAUAUUCGGAGGGCAGCUCCUGGCCUACAAACUCUUCAGGAACAACUUUGUCUAUCCUGCUGAACUGCAGAACUUCUAAUAAAAACAAGGAAAGCUUUUAACUGGCUUAAUGGGUAAUCCCAGGUCAGAAGUGUGCCAGUCAGUUCUCUUUCUGUUUCACUGUUUAAUCCAUGUUUAUAAUGGUGUAGCAAAGUAAAGGCUUUCGGAUAAGAACAUAAAAGAAAACGUACAUGUAUAUUGUUUGUACUUCAUAACAUGGAUUAGGCAGUAGGCUGCUCCGAACUGUUAAAAUGGCUUCACUUUGCCUAUUGAACGCCACUUUUUUACUCAUUAAAGGUAGUAUUUUGUAUUGUUUAUUUUCAAACAUCUUUCAAUAAGCCAACUUUGACAGAACCAGGUAAUAUUUUAUAGCUGAAACAUUUGUACGGUUAUAUAAAUCUAUUAAUAAUUAUUUGCUAAUGUAUAUUUCUGACAUCAUUGUACUUAGGAAUAUAACUCAUAACAGACUUACAUUUUGUAAUAAAAUAUCAGGUGUACAUAAAGAAAGACGUGGGCAAUGAAAUCUGUUAUGUGGCAAUGA